AUGGCUACCCAACAACAACAACCCUCUGCGGCUACGCAACAACCCCAAACCGCCUCCUCCUACCUCGACCUCGGCGUAACCCUCGCGAUAAACGCCUGGCCAGCCCUCACGCUCGCCGUAACCAGCAGCUGGGGCGGUCCAACCUCCUCCGACAAACGCGACUGGCUCUGCGGCGCAAUCUCCGAGAUGCUUGUUGACCGACCGGAGACAGACGCCGAGGACCUCGAGGACGUGCUGAUCCAGGUUAUGAAUGAUGAGUUUGACGUUGUAGUCGAUGACGAGAGUGCGGGGGAGGUUGCAGAAAGGAUCAUGGAGGUGCGCAAGGCAGUUGAGAAGGGGGAGUUUGAGGCUGUGAGGCAGAUGUGGGCUGAGUGGGAGGCGAAGAGGGGACAGAGGGGAAGUGCGGUUGCCGGGUUCAGGAGAGGGGAGGAUGUAGAGCAGGAAACAGAUGAAGAUGAGAGCGAUGAUGAUGAAGGGGAUGUGGAUAUGGGAGAGGCGCCGGCUUUGGUGAGAGCGCCGAGAGAGAGGGUCGAACCUGAGGUGGAUGAGGAUGGAUUUACAAAGGUCGUGGGUAAGAAGAAGAGGUAG